AUGCUUGAAGUCAUUAGAAAGGAGAAGCAAAGGCAUGAUUCAGCCUUGAGACUAGCCAAGCUCCUAAUAGCAAAAGACAUGUCAUGGAAAAAAACAUACCCUUUAAUAGGUUGGAGCAAGCCCAAGAUACACAAAUUUUGUAGAGAUCCACGAGAAAACCCAAUGAGAGUAGCUAAAACAAAAUCUAGUGUAAAUGCAUCACCAGCCAAAGGCGAAGGGUCCUCAAACUCAAUGCAUCAUUCCCCAACUCAAUGGGUGGAAGAAGAAGAAGAAGAAGAAGAAGAAGAAAACCCGGACCAAAGAAGUAGUAUUGUGCGGAACGAUAACUUUGCGUUGGUUUUGGCAACAAGGUCGGGUUGCAUGGAGAUUGUGGGAGAAAUACUAAAAAUGUACCCUCAAGUUGUGGAGCAUAUUAACGCCAAGGGAAGGAAUGUAUUGCAUAUAGCCAUUAGGCACAGGCAAAUGAAGGUUUUAGACCAUUUGGAGAGGAUGGAAACACGGAUGAGGAGGCUUAUAAGGAAGAUUGACAAUCAAGGGAACUCUAUUCUACAUAUGCGUGUGAAGCAAAUUUCAACUGUGCAUUUUAUCAAACACUACAACUACAAAUGGCAAACUACAGAAGAGCUAUUCAUUACCAACAAUAAGGAGCUCCAUAAGGAAGCUAGAGAAUGGUUGAAGAGAACCUCUGAAAACAGCAUCAUUCUCAUUGUCACUAUGGCCUUUGUUGCUGCCUAUACCAAUCCUAGUGGCCCAAACCAUAGCACCAGCCUACCCAUUCUCCUUUACCAGCCUUUUUUUGUUGUCUUCACCCUCUCUGAUGUCCUCUCCCUCUCCUUCUCCAUGAGCUCAAUCAUCACCUUUCUCUCCAUCCUCACCUCUCCAUUUCGACUGCAAGAUUUCAAGCAAUCCCUCCCCUAUAAGCUAAUGUUGGGAUUCACGUUUCUAAUCCUCUCAAUGUCCAUGAUGAUGGUGGUGGCAUUUGCAGCUACUGUCACCCUCAUGAUCCCUAAGAAAGAAAGCUGGACUAAAAUUGCACUAUAUUUAGUGGCAUUACUUCCCGUGACCAUCUUUGUGCUGUCCUAUCUUCCACUCUACUUGUCCCUAGCGAAAAUUUUCAUGUACAUGGUCAAGAAGAUUGUGGACGCUUGUCCUCGAUUCGAUCACAUACCUAUUCUAGAUUUGAUCUCCAACUUAUUCAAAUGCCAAGAACCCCAAUUCCCUACAAUAUCCUCCGAAGCUCAUCAUGCUGAAAUCGAUUCCACAAAACUUUCAUCAUCUCAAACCAAUCCCAUUUAA